ACAGACGUGGGGUUUUGCGCUGCCUCAGCUGCCAGGAGCACCCGAGCGACGCGGCCCUUGCCCAGGCAGCAGCGGACAGGGAGCGGAGAUGAGCUCGGCCGCGGGAGCGCGGGGCUGAGGGCUCGGCGGCGGGGCCAGGUCAGCCGGGAGCUGUGCUGGGGGUCCCGCUCUCCCGGCUCCGGCACCGCGGCUCUUCUGGGGACAGCUCGAUGCUGCUGUUGCCUGAGGAGGCGCGGGCGUGAAACAGGGUCCAGCCGGCCCCCGGGCUUUUUCCCCGCUGCCGAGAAGUUUUGUCGCGGGUCAGACGGGAGCGGGGCCGGCGCCGCCGCCCCGGCGGGAGGAGCGCGGCCGCCCUGAGCCCCUCCCGCCGCCCGCCUCCACCGACCCGGGGCGCUGAGGGGCGGCUGCCGGCGCCGAGCUCCGCGUCCCGCGGUGGUUGCGGGGCUGUUCCCGCCCCGGCAGCGCCGCUCCUGCCGGGUCCCGCAGCUUUCCGCAGCUUUCCGCAGCUUUCCGCAGUUUUCCGCAGGUUGGCACCCCGGGCACGGGUGCCGUCCCCUCAGGUGCUCUGCAUCCUGAGAGGAGCAGGGAGGAGGAGGCCAAGGGAACCAGAUCCCAGGGUGGCAUAGCAGUGCUGGGGAUGCCACCGUGCUCCAUGGGAGCCCAGGUCCYGAGCUGACCCUCCUCGCUGCAGAGGACACCCCGAGGGACACUGGGAGGGGUCACUCCCUGUCCUGACCUGGAUGUGCAUCACAUCAGUUCGGCAGGGCCAGGGUGCAGCUGGAUGACGGCUGAGGAUGUGCUAUGGAGCCAGGAUUCAACUGCUCUGAGCUCUGCGAUGGCAGCUCCAGUUUUGGCAGGCAGGAGCGGCAGCAGYGGGCACUGCAGGAGCUCUGCACCGUGACAGUGACAUCAUUUGACCACAGUGUGAAGAGCUCUCCAUCCUUCUCUGCUGGGCUCCUGGGAGUUGUGUGGACAUUCCUGACUGGAGGAGUUCUGCUGGCACUCUUCUUUCUCAUCUUCACAAUUCGCUUCAGGAAAAACAGGAUUGUGAAGAUGUCCAGCCCCAAUCUCAACAUUGUGACCCUGCUGGGCAGUGCCUUGACUUACACGAGCGCUUACCUCUUUGGGAUUCAGGAGCAGAGCCUGCCAUCUGGAGACUCGGUGGAAAAGCUUAUUCAGGUGAGGCUCUGCCUGCUGUGCGUGGGGACCUCCCUGGUGUUCGGGCCUGUCCUGGGGAAAAGCUGGAGGCUCUACAAGGUGUUUACCCAGAGGGUGCCAGACAAGCGUGUGAUUAUCAAAGAUCUGCAGUUGCUGGCGAUGGUGGCAGYGUUGGUGCUGGCAGACACUGUGCUGCUCUUGACAUGGGUAUUCUCUGACCCCGUCCAGUGCUUCCGAAGCCUCAGCGUCUCAUUGCGGGCGACAGAGAAAGGCAUGACGUGCUCCGUGAGCCGGGUGCAGUCCUGCGCAUCGCUCUAUUCCGAUCUUUGGCUCGUUCUCAUUUUAGGCUUUAAGAGUAUCUUCCUGCUAUAUGGGACCUACUUGGCCGGUCUGACUGACAAUGUCAGCUCCUCACCAGUCAACCAGUCCUUGACACUCAUCGUYGGGGUCAACCUCGUUUUCCUGGCUGCUGGCACCAUCUGCUUAGUUCACCGUUUCUUCCGUACUUGGCACAACUUGCUGUUUGGCUUUACCUCUGGAGGCAUCUUUGUGUGUACAACCACGAUCAACUGCUUCAUCUUUGUCCCACAGCUCAAGCAGUGGAAAGCCUUUGAAGAAGAAAGCCAAACCAUGAGCCACAUGGCAAAAUAUUUCACCAGCCCGAGCAAGAGCUGCCGCUCGGUGUACAGCGAGGAGCAGCUCUACCAGCUCAUAGGGGAGAAAAAUUCCAUGAAGCGGCUGCUCACUGAGAAAAACGCCGUGAUCGAGAGCCUGCAGGAGCAAGUGAGCAGCGCCAAGGAGAAGCUGAUGAGGCUGAUGUCUGCGGAGAGCGGCUGCGACCCCCGAGCGCUGCCAGUGGCUCCCUGCACCCAGAGCUCAGGGCAGCCUGGGGACGUGCCAGGGGACUGCUGCCCCCCAGAUGCAGAGAGGGACGGGUGGCAGCCCCCCGGUGUGUUGGGUACACCUCCUGUCAGCAGCAAUGCUCAGGCUCUCCAGGAACACGCAACCCAGGAGCCCGCGUGCUCUCAGGUGCUGCUUUUUAACACAGGGGACAGCACCGAACAUGGCCUGAAAGAUGUCCCAGAGUGUGGCACACCCGGAGUGCAGGAGCAGCUGCCAGGCCAGGAUAACUCAGCCGGUGUAGCCUGGGAGUCGUCCUCCAAAGUCAGCUUUGUAAACAGCGAGAAGCUGUGGGAAAUUCUGCAAGAGUUAAGCCUGGAAGGCAAAAACUACAGCCCAGCCUUAUCUGCGGGACUCCCACUGGGCAGCUGGGGCACCCCAGGUGAGCAGGGAGAAACACGGGUGGGCCAGGAGGGCCACCCAGGCAUCCACACACCCCUCAGCCCCUACCUGGCGAGGCAUCGUCGGAGGAUCCCGUUGUCCCCUGCCUCCACACGCUUCCUUGGACACGUAUCCCCUCGUGCCGGCCGCAGGGCAAAGGAAACAGCCAGCUGGGGCUGUGGGGAGUCACCACACAACUCCCUGGGAACAGAAGGGGAGGUGGCUGACAGAGAGCUCCUUCAGCCCCCAGCAGCAGCCCCUCCAGCCGUCCCAAGGGAGCCGUGCCUCCAGCCAGAGGGGUGGCCGGGAUGGCCGGAGUCCCAGGGCGCUUUGUUGCGUGUCCAGCAGGAGCGGCGGCGGUGGCAGGGUGCCYCGAGGGGACCCGCUGAGCCCUCCCUGCGCUCGCUGUACUAUUACCCAGACUCUGACUCCAGCAGCAGCAGCAGCUCUGAGGAGAUGUUCCACGGCUGCCACCGACCCUGCUGCAAGGUUUGCUUCCAGAGCCCGCGCGGCUCCCUGGACAGCAGCAGCACGGACACGGACACAGAGGCCAGUGAGGGUGAGGAACACCCGGCAGAGCACCGCAGCGGGUCCCAGCCUGUGGUGAAUUUCAAAGAUGAUCUGAAACCCACCUUUGUGUGACUGGGAGCACCCUGCCCCAAAGGCAAGUGCCCUCCCACCCCUGAAACGCUGGGUGUUUUCAGCAACAUCCCUCUGGGAAAUGUGCCUUGUUCUGGAAUCCAGGGAUUGGGAAUAAGCCUUGGCCCGUUCUGGUUUGCAGUGUCAGCCCCAGCYUGGUCAGACAUGACUGCAGGCCGAGUUUGGCUGAGAGGGGGUUGGCAGCACUUGGGGACGUGGUGGUGGCUUUGUCCUGCCUGCUCUGGGCUGCUGCCUGUGUCCCAUGGAUACCCAGCACUUCUGUCCAUCCUGGUGCCAGCAGUGGAGAGGCUGGGCUGGGURGCCUGUCAGAGCCCAAACUUCAUCUCCUCAGAGAGCUUUCCCUUUGAGACCUGGGUGACUGGCACUGGCAGGAAGCAGCAUCCUGCUGCAGAAACAGCCAUGGCUUCUUGCACACUCCAUACGGACCCACAGAGGACUCCUUCCCCCAAGCAUCCCACUGGCAUCAUCCCCACCUUGGGAUGGCACACAGAUGCCAAAAGGAGCUGCAGGCUGCCUCUCACCUGGGGUGUGCUGCUCCCAGGCAAAGCAAAGACUUGGGCAUGAGGUGUGCACAGGAAACUUUUAGGGUUUGGUGGGAUUUUUGUAGCAUCUGAGUGAGAAAAUGGAUGGUGUCCGUGGAGGUGUCUUUGCAUUUUGUGUAGAUCAGGUGCAUGGUUGUAGGUGAGAGUCAGGUCAGAGCUGAAGGGAAAGGCAAGGUUGCAAUUGUAAAGGAGGAUCUGAAAAGGGUUUUCUUUUUUUACCUUGAUUUCUGGAUUUUGUGCCCUUCUGUUUGUCUUUGUAUGGAUGAUGUAAUCUGGAAUAAGGUUUGUUUAAAUUAAUAUGCUCUGUUUAAUUUUUAUCUUAGAAAUACCAAGAACAGUAAAUCCA